AGGCUGACAAAGCUGAGUUAGAGGGCUUGGAUGACUCUGGAAUGAAUGAGCCCAUGAAAGUGUUGAGGAACAACAUGUUGUCGCUGCAUGCGCACGUGGACAGCACGUUGGACUUUAUACAGAGCACUCUAGACCAGAUCCUGGAUGCUUUGACAAGGCCAGGAUUUAGGCCACCAGCACAAUCGUCGUUGCCGUUAUCGAUGAUGUCAGGUCCCUUUCCAGUUCAAGCUAGUACACAACCAAGUGGUACGUCUGCAGCAGUCGCACAGACUGUUGCAUCUUCUUCUUCGGGUCCAGCGGUGGGAGCUAUUCCACCGCAACAACCUGUUCAACAAUCUGGACAGUCGCAGGGUCAAUGGUAUCCUAAGACCCCAAUGAAACCGCCUCUUGCCUUCUCAGGCGAGAGAAAGGACGAAGAACUCAACACAUGGUUGAGGACCAUCCCGGUUUGGGUGAAGGCAAAGAGGACCUUGCCUGAGGAUGAAGUGGUAACUGCUGCAUCUUACCUCGAGGGUAAGGCAGCCAAAUGGCUAGAUGGUGUAGUUGUGAAGGCAGGGUACGGGCGACGCAUGGCGGACUGGGCUAAGUCAUUAACGUUAGACCAGUUCAUGGAAAUGGUAGAAGCUCGAUGGCAUAAUCCUCAGGAGGCACAAAGAGCCACUGAUGCGAUUAACAAACUGGACCAAAGAAAGUUCAAGUCGGUCAGCGAGCUUACGAUUACCGUUGAGAGUCUGAUCCUCGUCCCUGGCAUCAACUAUAGUGACCAGUUCCUGUUAACAACCUUUGUUAGAUGUCUUCCUGAGAACAUCAGAAACUUGCUGGCCAGCGAGGCACGCCUCGAAUACCAUUCAUUUGAGACAUUGUCUAGGAAAGCCUUAGAUUUAGAGGCCACACUAGGCAAUGUUCAACCCACUCAAAAUGACACGAAGAAGAAGAAGAGUCCUCAGGAGUGGAAAAAGACAGGGGCUAAGUUGAUGAUGGUGGAGUCCGAUGGGACUCAAACUGAGAUCGACGAGCUCACCGACCUGAUGGACUAUACAGAGUUUGACGGCGAGGAGGUAGCUGAGGGUAGCACCCUUGCCGCUGUAGUCAAGACUAAGGCAGGUGGCCGAGGGAAGGGCCAACCUAGGAGUCAAGGGAAGGCCGCCUCCAAUCAGUCCAAAGUGGCUGAAUGGGUGAAGGCAGGUCUUGACCAAGACGUGUGGCGUGACCGCCGAGUGCAUGGCGCUUGACAGAGUGUUUCCAUGGAUUUCAUGGACACCCUGGUGACUAGUAAGAGUGGCAAGAGGCACAUCUUCGUCAUCAUCGAUCGAUUCACCAAGUACGCUAGACUAGUGGCUAUGCCAGAGACCGCAAGAACUGACUAUGCCAUCAAGUUGUUCAAAGACAACUGGGUGCGUGACUUUGGUUUACCAAAGUCAAUCAUUAGUGACCGAGAUGUCCGAUUCACAAGUGAGUUGUGGAAGAAGACUGCAGAACAGAUGGGCAAUCAACUUCAGAUGACGUCAGGGAAUCAUUCCGAAGCCAACGGACAAGCCGAGCAAAUGAACAGAGUUGUACAACACUUGCUGAGGCAUUACAUCAAGCCCAGCCAGGAUGAUUGGGAUGAGCAGUUGCCUCUCAUCGCCAGCCUGUACAACAAUGCUGUCCACAGCAGUACCGGCGUUAGUCCUAAUCAACUUCACUUGGGAUGGAAGCCUAGAUCAGCAUUAGACUUCCUCCUACNCCUGUACAACAAUGCUGUCCACAGCAGUACCGGCGUUAGUCCUAAUCAACUUCACUUGGGAUGGAAGCCUAGAUCAGCAUUAGACUUCCUCCUACCCGAAAACCGACCCGCUGCAACUCCAGGCACACUUGAGUAUGGUAUGCAGUAUGAGAAGUUGCUGCAAGAAGCUGUCGAGCACAUGAAGAAAGCUCAGCAAGCAAUGCUUGCUUCUGAGAAUCAACAUCGCAGACAGUCCACAUUUCAAGUAGGGGAACGAGUCUGGGUCAAGGCUAGUGAGUUAGGACAGGAAUUCAGAAUCUCUCACAAACUAAUGCCUCCGUACUUUGGUCGCUGGGAAGUCCUGGAUAUAGUGGGAGAUGAGAUGGAUGGUCCCACAUAUGUCAUUCAUGUCCCUGGACACCUACGCACUCACCCAGUCUUUCAUGCCUCAAAGCUUGCACCUUUCGCUGAGACAGAUCAAUUCCCUUCCAAGAGAUCGAUGCUGCCCCCAACCAUGGAUGGUCAAGUGGACAUCGACGACAUUGUGGAUCACAGAGAUCUGCCUGUUCCUAAACCAUUGGGUAGAGGAAGACCUCCUAAACCCAAGAGAGAAUAUCGUGUCAGAUUCAGGCAUCAUACGGAUCCAAAGGAAGACCGGUGGUUCACCAGAGAGGAACUGAUUGACACAGCUCCUCAGGUGGUGGCAAAAUAUGAGAAGAAGCUGAAAGGGAAGGCACCUGCGAAGUAAGCAUCUCAGCAGACUUUCGAAGCUAAGGGGGAUGGAAUGUGAGGAUUGAGCCCUCAAGU